AUGGCUGCGAUCACCGAGAAGGUCACCGAGAAGAAGCCUGAGGGCAUUGACCUCUACUCCCGAUUCGCCUUCGCUGAGAAGUUGGACAUUGAACUGAUUGCGAAAAUCACAGGUGCUGUCUGCUGUGCUGUCACCCACGGUGCUGCCACUCCUCUCGAUGUCGUUAAGACUCGUAUCCAGCUCGACCCUGUCACCUACAACCGUGGAAUGAUCGGUGGUUUCCGUCAGGUUAUCCAGAAUGAGGGUGCUGGCGCCCUGCUGACCGGUUUCGGCCCUGCCGCUGCCGGUUACUUCCUUCAGGGCGCCCUGAAGUUCGGUGGAUACGAGUUCUUCAAGCAGCAGUCCAUCAACCUGGUUGGCCUUGAGACCGCCACCGACAACCGCACCGCUGUCUACCUCGCCUCCUCGGCCGCUGCCGAGUUCGUCGCUGACAUCGGUCUCUGCCCUCUCGAGGCUACCCGUAUCCGUCUCGUUUCCCAGCCCACCUUCGCCUCCGGCCUGGUCAGCGGUUUCACCAAGAUCGCCAGCCAGGAGGGUAUCGGUGCUUUCUACUCUGGAUUCGGACCCAUCCUGUUCAAGCAGGUCCCCUACACCAUGGCCAAGUUCGUCGUCUUCGAGAAGGUCUCCGAGGCCAUCUACGCCACCGUCGACAAGAACUCCGUCUCCGGCAGCACCGCUACUGCUAUUAACCUUGGCUCCGGUCUGAUUGCUGGUCUCGCCGCCGCUAUCAUCUCCCAGCCCGCCGACACCAUGCUCUCUAAGAUCAACAAGACCCCAGGUCUCCCCGGUGAGGGCACCACCACCCGUCUGCUCAAGAUCGCCAAGGAGCUCGGUAUCCGUGGCUCUUACAGCGGUAUCGGUGCCCGUCUGUUCAUGGUCGGUGGUAUCACUGCCGGUCAGUUCGCCAUCUACGGUGACAUCAAGAAGGCUCUCGGUGCCACCGCCGGUGUUGAGCUUGCCAAAUAG